AAUCCGAACACGGGCAGGGAAACGGAACGUAAACACGGAAGUGCUUACAUUCAAGAGAAGGUUUUUCUGCGGCGAAGGAAGAGAGAGAGAGAGAAGCCCUUUACCAGUAAAUUUUAUUUCACCCAAUGCAUCAAAACAACAUUUAACCUUCACAGUGAUCUCACAGCCUCCUUCGAAGCAGGACGGACUUAAUCUUCACAAGCACACAAUUAUACACUUUUGCAGAAUUGGACCAUGAGGUGAAACCCCACCCAUUCUACUAUCCCACACGAUGAACGACAAGAUGCUCUUCCUCGGCCUGCUGUACUUUGUGCAGGGCAUUCCGUAUGGCUUGCAGUCCUCACUACUUCCAGUCUAUCUUCGUGGCACUGGCCAGUCACUCACCCGCAUUUCCCUCGCCAAGGUACUUUACUUCCCCUGGGUGCUAAAGGUCCUGUGGGCACCCCUAGUGGACCGUGCAGGUACCAAGCGGCGCUGGUUGGUGUUGACGGUUGGUGGAUUGGCACUCGUGUGUCUGGCGGGCACCAUGCUGUCACCUGAGAUACAGCAUGGCGGUGUGGCUGGUGUGCUGCUGGCCAUGAACACACUUGCGGCGGUGCAGGAUGUGGCCGUGGACGGUGCCGCUGUGAGGCUUCUGCGUGGCGCUGCUGAGCUUGGCUUGGGAAACACGGCGCAGGUGGUGGGCUACAAAGCAGGCUCUGUGUUUGCUGGAGGUGGCCUGCUAGCUGUCAUUGACGUAGUGGGAUGGGCGUGGACCUUUACUUUGCUGUCUUGUGUAUAUGGUGGGGUGGCAUUGUUUGUGUGCGGUGUGAACGUACUAGACGGGGAAGCAGGGCGAGCCCCAGGAGAGGCAAGAAGGGCCACAAGGGACACAUCAAAACCAUGGGCUAUUUGGAGGAAGCUGAUGGAUGUCCCAGGAACACCGUGGACCAUGCUGUACGUGCUUACUUAUAAGCUAGGUGAACAGGGAGCCGUCACUAUGUUCCCGCUCUUCCUGUUGGAUCACCAUAUGACGUCGCGAGAGCUCGGCCUGUGGAAUGGUGUGGUCGCCAUGGCCUUCUCCAUUUGUGGCUCCUCUCUCGGGGGCUUCUUACUCUCAAAGUACAGUAUCAGCAUGUUGAUGAGGCGUGUGUUUGUGGUGCGGACUGUCGGCAUGGUCUUCCAGUGCUCUCUACUCACCGUGCUCGAGCCCUCUCCUCUAAUGAAAGGCAUGGCAGUGUUGAGUCUGAGCACGCAGCACUUCAUCGCAGGCCUCAUCACGACGCUCACCUUUACCUGUAUGAUGCACUGCACACAGAGAGCUGAGGAGAACAUCCAGGCAACUCACUACAGUUUCUUGGCCACCCUGGAGGUUUUAGGGAAGUUGUCAUUCAGCGCCCUAGCCGGAGCCAUAGUAGACACGGUGGGCUUCCCUAUCGCCUUCCUCCUCUUCCUCUUCCUCACCUCCAGCAGCGCCCUACACGUCUGGAGAGCCAUGGACACGGGAGUGCUGAAGGAGCAACUCAAAGAGCAGCCACAGUAAAUCAAGGGCCGGAAGAGAGACUGUGUGUGUGUGUGUGUGUGUGUGUCUGUCUGUGUGUGUGUGUGUGUGUGUGUGUGUGUCUGUCUGUGUGUGUGUGUGUGUGUGUGUGUGUGU